CUUGCGGCGCCAGAGGCCCAGACGUGCCAGCAAGACUCACUUGUGCCUGCACGACUGUGCCAGUGGACGUGCCAGCACGACUGUGACAGCCAUUGUGCAGCCGGAGCGCCUGGUGCCUGAGGGCACUGCCCACUGGAGUCACUGAAGCUGUGCGAAUAGCUGCAAACACGCGCACGAAUGCCGCGCGGAGGCCGCAUUGCACUCGUGCUGCUGCAGACUGCCUUUGCCGCGCGACCCAUGGAAGUCUGGCUCGACGCGCGGCCCUUGGGCCCGGCGCACGGCGCUGCGUCGCUGCUCGACGCGUCCGAUGGCCUUUUUGAUCGAGCCAUCGUCGCGGGAGCCGCGGACGACGAGCGCUUUUUCGUCGCCGACGCGAGCGAACCAGUGGCGCGGCUCCGCUUCUCAGAUGAAUCGAUCGCGGGCGGCUCAACGAUUGUCACCGGCGAUGCGUCACAAUCGGCCGCGAUAGCGCUCGUCGGCAGCGUGGCGUGGUGCCACGUCGACGCAACUAGUGGCCAGCCCUGCAUCGUGGCUGAAAAUUUGCUCGCCAAGGCGGACGGCACGGGCACACUGAUCGCGUGCACGGCACGUACGGCAGCGGAUUGUCCCGGCCUUGCCUUUGCUCUCAACCGCGGCGUCGACGCCUUGGUCCUUGAUUCCGACGCCCCCGACGCGGUUCGCGAAGCUGCUGCGAUCGCCAAAGCGCAGCGGGCCGAAACUGCCGCGCCCGACGAGGAUGCCGCGGCCGCGCGCGAUGCGCCCGCGGGACCCGUAUCUCUCGAGCAAUGGACCGUGUCGGGCGUGUCGGACGGCGGCGUAGCAGAUCGGGUGGCGGUGGAUUUUACGACGCUCCUGUCUAACGACGAGGGGCUGCUCGUCGGCUCAAGUGCUAAGGCGCUGGCGCUCGUGCUCGGUGAGACGGCGACCGGCGGCUUCGUGCCGCCGCGCCCGUUCCGCGUGAACGCGGGUCCGGUCCACAGCUACGUCCUCGCCGCGGGCGGCAAGACGACGUAUUUGUCCGAGGUCAGUGCCGGCGACAAGCUCGUCGUCGCGACCACGGACGGCGCCACGCGGGAAGCGACCGUCGGCCGCGCCAAGGUAGAGCCGCGGCCCUGCGUCCAGGUCGACCUGCAGCAAGGUGGCUCCGUCUUCCUGCAGCAGGCGGAGACCGUACGCCUUGCAGGCGUCGCGGGACCGCUCCCCGUCACGCGAGCACAGGUCGGCGACGUCGUGCUUGUGAGGCCCGACGAUAAGGGCACGCACGUCGGCCAACGAAUAUCCGUCCCGGUGGACGAGAGGUAA